UUCGAGCAGGUUUGAGCUCCUAGCACAGUGCUCUUAAUUUAUCCAGAUAAAAAAUCAGUCAAUUUUUAUAACCUAAGUACGAAUAUUUCUUUUUUCAUUAACUUAGGACAUAAGAACAGAGUGUGGCUGGUGGAGGAAACAAUUUCUUGGAAAGGCAGGUAUUUUUUGGGUAGUAAAACAAAUUUGAGUGCUUAGUCGCUUGUUCAGUGUUUCAGUGAUCCCAGUCGUGAUUAUGGAUCUUGCCCAAAGACAGUGGUGAAGCCAUGGGAUGCCGACCGAGUCAUCAUCAUGUGCCACUGAUUAUCCAGGAGCGUUACGGAGCCUACAAGGAUCGCCUCCAAUCGAAACGGAUCGACCGCGCGCUUUACAAGAUCGGACAAGAGGAUGCACGAAAGUUGAAAUUGCUGCUCCUGGGGGCUGGAGAAUGCGGGAAAUCCACGUUACUUAAACAAGUUCGAAUCCUGCACAAGCACGGAUACAGCACACAUGAGCGAUUUGAGUUUGCUUACACGAUUCGCAUGAGCUUGGCCAAGAACCUUUUGACCAUGAUCGACGCCAUGUCCAGGGUGAACAUGCCCAUCACCGAAAAAUCGGCUCGGGCCUCUGACCUGAUUCACGUCAAAACCUUUGAGGAUGUCAUCUCAUUGGAAGACAUGAAUGAAUAUGCUCUGAUCAAAUUGGGUGGGGCCAUGACUCGUCUUUGGAAUGACAAGGGUGUGUCUGCCGCCUUUGCCAAGAGCCACAUUUUCGGCGUGUCCGAUUCCAUCGGAUAUCUCAUGGACCGCUUACCCGCCAUCUUCAAUCCAAACUACGUUCCCACCGAUCAGGACAUCAUCCACUGCCGCGUCCAAACCACCGGCGUGGUCUCCAUAGAGUUCAACUACAGCGGACUCACCUUUGAGAUCUUUGACGUUGGCGGCCAACGCUCAGAACGGAAGAAGUGGAUCCAUUGCUUUGAGAACGUUUACGCCGUUCUGUUUGUGGCCGCACUCUCCGAUUACGAUCUGGCCAUGAACGAGGAUCCGGAUAAGAAUCGCAUGGACGACUCCUUGGGUCUCUUUGACCAGAUCUGCAACAAUCGCUGGUUCGAAGAAUGCUCCUUGAUUUUGUUUCUCAACAAGAAGGACGUCUUCCGCGAGAAGAUCCGCAGGGUUCCCAUUUCGAGAUGCUUUCCGGAGUACAAGGGCAAGCCCAAUUAUGAGGAGAGCUCGAACUUUAUUCGACAGCAAUUUGAGGGACAGAAUAAGUCGAAAAAAGACAUUUUCAGCCAUUUUACUUGCGCCACCGACUCGCAGAGUGUGAAAUUCAUUUUCGAUGCCGUCAUGACCAAUCUCAUAAUGAGCAACUUGAAGAAUGUCGGCCUGCAGUAGCGUGCUCAAGG